UCCUCUAUAUCUGUGAUGUGGAAUGAACCAGAGGGGAACAGCUCUUCCUACAGAGUACAGUGGAGUGAUGGAAAUGUCACUAAAAGUGAAAACGUGACUGAAACACAAAUAAACAUUUCUAACCUGACUGCUGGUGUCCAGUAUGAUAUAAAUGUCACUGCAGUGGCAGGUGAUGGCAGUACUGAAGGACAGAGUACCACUGUUUCUCAGUACACCAAGCCUGAAGUAGUCAGGAAUAUCUCUGUCACUGAAAUCACAACAUCCUCCAUAUCUGUGAUGUGGAAUGAACCAGAGGGGAACAGCUCUUCCUACAGAGUACAGUGGAGUGAUGGAAAUGUCACUAAAAGUGAAAACGUGACUGAAACACAAAUAACCAUUUCUAACCUGACUGCUGGUGUCCAGUAUGAUAUAAAUGUCACUGCAGUGGCAGGUGAUGGCAGUACUGAAGGACAGAGUACCACUGUUUCUCCGUACACAAAACCUGGUAACAUUUGGGGACCUACUUACACAAGAAACACCUCCUCCAUCUCUCUGAACUGGACCCAACCUCCUGGUGAGGUGCUCCUGUACAGGGUGGAGUGGGAUCAUGGUGGAGCAAAGACGAUCAGAGACACCAACAACCUCUUUGCUGUGCUAUCAGACCUGAUCCCUGGCACUAGCUACAACAUCUUAAUUAUUGCUGUUGCUGGAGACAAUAAGACAACAGGAGAUCCUCACCAGCUCACCAUAGUCACAAAGCCUGAAGUAGUCAGGAAUAUCUCUGUCACUGAAAUCACAACAUCCUCCAUAUCUGUGAUGUGGAAUGAACCAGAGGGGAACAGCUCUUCCUACAGAGUACAGUGGAGUGAUGGAAAUGUCACUAAAAGUGAAAACGUGACUGAAACACAAAUAACCAUUUCUAACCUGACUGCUGGUGUCCAGUAUGAUAUAAAUGUCACUGCAGUGGCAGGUGAUGGAAGUACUGAAGGACAGAGUACCACUGUUUCUCAGUACACCA